AUGGGAGAAGUUAGCACCGUCGACCUGAAGCUUGAUCCUAAGUACGAUCAUUACACCUUUCCAACAACAAACCCCGCAACCGGCCCUGGGCAUCCAGGACAUACCACACCCGAGCAAGAUGCUUUGGUCGUCAAGUUCAGGGAGGAGCUUGAGAAGGAGGGUUACACAGAGAGACUCGACACUAUCACCUUGCUCCGAUUCUUAAGAGCCAGGAAAUUCGAUGUUCCUUUGGCCAAAAAGAUGUUCACAGACUGUGAGGCCUGGAGGAAGGAAUUCAAGGUAGACGAGAUCAUGAAGGAUUUCGAAUAUGUCGAAAAGCCAAAAGUCUUCGAGUACUACCCCCAGUACUAUCACAAGACUGAUAAGGACGGCCGCCCUGUCUACAUCGAACAGCUCGGAAAGAUCGACCUGACUGCCAUGUACAAGAUCACAUCUAUGGACCGAAUGCUCAAGAAUCUCGUUAUCGAAUACGAGAAGCUCGCCAACCCUCGUCUUCCAGCUUGCUCGCGAAAGUCUGGCAAGCUCCUUGAGACCUGCUGUACCAUCAUGGAUUUGAAGGGUGUUGGUCUCACCAGUGUUUCUUCUGUAUACGGCUUCGUCAGCGAAGUUUCGAAGAUCUCGCAAAACUACUACCCUGAAAGGCUAGGAAAGCUGUACAUCAUCAAUGCCCCCUGGGGUUUCUCUGGUGUUUUCAGCGUUGUGAAGAAGUUCUUGGAUCCUGUUACUGUUGACAAAAUCAACAUUUUGGGUGGAGGGUACAAAUCCGAGCUUCUCAAGCAGAUUCCCGCCGAGAACCUUCCUGUAGCAUUCGGUGGUGAAUGUGCUUGCCAAGGCGGCUGUGAACUCAGUGACGAUGGUCCAUGGCAGGACAAGCAAUACCUGGACCCUCCUGCUGCCGCCACUGCCACCUCUGAUGCCCCCGCUCCCGUUCCCGCUGCUACAACUACCGAGGCUGCUCCUGCGCCUGCUGCGGAGGCCACAGCUUAG